GUAUUAUAUAAGGUACAAAACAAAUUGUUUUUUAUACUUAAAUAGUAAAUCUUUUGACACUUCAAAUAUUUACUUUUUUUUUUCAUCUAUAUAUUUCAAUCUCCUUAUUCUAUCACGUUUGAUAGGAGUAAAUGUUACGGCAAGAAGAAACCUUAAACAAACUAAAAGAAAGAAAAAUAAAUGUUAAAGGAAAAUAAUAUUCAGGAUUUGAAAUCUAUAAAAUUUUAUGGUGAUUUCAAAUAAUACUAUAGACGAAUAAUGUGUGGAUGGAUUUAGUUAUUGAAUUUGGGAGAAUGUACAAUAAUAAUACUUUUGAUCUGCCCAAGAGGGAGGUGGAACUUUACUUUAAUUUGCCUUUUUUAUAUCUCUUAUAUGUAAAAAUAAGAUAUAAAAGAGUCAUAAAAUUAAAAAUAAUUUGUAAAGAGUAUUUUUUAUUUUAUUUUAUGACCCCCUUGUUAAAAAUUUUUAUACAUAAAAAAUCUGAAAAAGCAUGAUACCAGAUUAAAAAAAGUCAUUUUCCUCGGUUUUAAUUGCACACUUACUCGUGUUCAGGGACAACAAAAAAAAAUGAAUUGACUUCACGAGUCGGUGGAAUUGCAGGUUUGGUGGUUAAAGCGUUGAAGGGGGAAAAGUAUAUAUACGUGGGAAAUAAGUGAAGAGCGUGGUCAUGUCUGAAUCUUGUCCUCACAUUCACAUUCCUUCUCUCUUUUCUAAUUAUUAUAAAACCAGACUCAUAAGCUGAAUUAGUACAGAACCUGAAUUAGUAAUCUACUCUACUUCUCUAUUGCAUUUCAUCAAAGGUUAUGGCGGUGAAGGAGGAGAAGAAGCCAUCAGUGGAGAUCAACAAGCUGAGAUUCACCUACCCUGGUAUUGAUGGACAUCCACCACCUGGAUCUACCCCUUUGAUCGAUGAUUUCUCACUUACCCUUUAUCCUGGUGAUCGUUGCCUUCUUGUUGGAUCUAAUGGCGCAGGGAAGACUACAAUUCUGAAGAUAUUGGGAGGAAAGCACAUGGUAGAACCAGACAUGGUCAGAGUGCUUGGAAGAUCCGCAUUUCAUGACACUGCUUUAACGGCUUCUGGAGACCUCAGUUAUCUUGGUGGAGAGUGGAGGAGAGAAGUUGCAUUUGCUGGAUUUGAGGUGCCUAUUCAAAUGGAUGUUUCCGCUGAGAAAAUGAUUUUUGGGGUUACAGGAACUGAUCCACAAAGACGAGAUGAACUAAUUAAGGUUCUUGGUAUCGAUCUGUCCUGGAGAAUGCACAAAUCAUCUGAUGGGCAAAGAAGAAGAGUGCAGAUAUGUAUGGGUCUUCUGAAACCAUUCAAGGUACUUCUUCUUGAUGAGAUUACAGUUGAUCUAGAUGUUCUUGCAAGGGCUGAUCUUUUGAAAUUUCUGAGCAAAGAAUGUGACGAGCGAGGGGCUACAAUAAUUUAUGCAACACACAUUUUUGAUGGUCUUGAGAAUUGGCCUUCUCAUAUAAUAUAUGUGGCUCAUGGGAAGCUGCAAUUAGCAAUGCCAAUGGACAAGGUAAAGGAGAUCAGCAAUUUGUCACUAAUGAGGACAGUAGAGAGUUGGCUGAGGAAAGAAAGAGACGUCGAGAGGAACCGAAGGAAAGAGAGAAAGGCAAAGGGCCUUCCAGAGUAUGAAAAGCAAGUUGAGGGCACUCGAGUGGUAGGGGGAGAUCCAGCUCGUGCUGCUGGUCGUCCAUUAAACAAUGGUUGGGCUGGUGGAACGCUGCAUUCUACUAUUGCUGGUGAAGAAAAUUUUGUCUUAAGCUCGAACCGUGUUCUCAGAUAAACAGAACUGAUGCAUACUUCUUUGGAACUGGUGUCAACUUAUUUUACCAUUUCAUUCUUACUGAUCAGAUGAUCGUCAAACUAGGGCUACUAAAGUUUUCAGAUUGUAGAAUAGAAUUAUCUGCAAUAUUUGUUUGGUUUGUAUACGUAUCUCCUAUUCUCUAUAUAUUCUUGUGUGAAGAAAAGUUGUUGUGGUUUUAUAGAUUGAUUAAAGAUCAAAUUGUUGUAAACUGAAGAUCUUGAUGAUAUUUCUCUAUGCAUCUCCUUUCUUUAA